AACCAGGGAGACGGCGGGAGCGCUGGGCCCAGGCGCUAACGGCACGGGCUCGAGCCCAGCAGGCAGGAUGAGCACCUCCCCGGAAGAUCCCACAUUAGAACGGCACUUUAAAGGUCAUCGUGAUACUGUCACAAGUAUUGACUUCAAUACUAACAUGAAGCAGUUAGCAACUGGAUCAAUGGAUUGCUGCGUUAUGAUCUGGAAUUUGAAACCACAGAUGCGAGCAUAUCGAUUUGUAGGUCACAAAGAUGCAGUCCUGUCAGUUCAGUUCUCUCCUUCUGGUCACUUACUGGCUUCUGCAUCUCGAGACAAAACAGUCCGCCUCUGGGUUCCCAGUGUAAAGGGUGAAUCAACAGUGUUAAAGGCUCAUACAGGAACCAUUCGAAGUGUUCAGUUCUCCAGAGAUGGACAGUCAUUGGUUACAGCUUCGGAUGACAAAACCAUCAAAGUUUGGACAGUUCAUCGGCAGAAGUUUCUUUUUUCUCUCACCCAGCAUAUAAAUUGGGUUCGCUGUGCAAAAUUUUCACCAGAUGGGCGACUCAUUGUUUCUGCCAGUGAUGAUAAAACAAUUAAAAUUUGGGAUAAAGCUACUAGAGAAUGUAUUCAUUCAUUUUAUGAACAUGGAGGAUUUGUGAAUUAUGUAGAUUUUCAUCCCAAUGGAACAUGUAUUGCAGCAGCAGGAGCAGAUAGCACUGUUAAGCUUUGGGACAUACGUACAAACAAGCUUCUUCAGCAUUAUCGAGUGCACAGUGCUGUGGUAAACAGCCUCUCUUUCCAUCCAAAUGGAAACUAUCUCAUCACUGCCUCUAAUGAUUCAACACUGAAGAUACUUGAUUUACUGGAAGGGAAAUUACUUUAUACACUCCAUGGCCAUCAGGGUCCAGCUUCAUGUGUAGUUUUCUCUGGUGCUGGAGACUUCUUUGCUUCGGGUGGCUCAGAUGAACAGGUUAUGGUAUGGAAGACUAAUUUUGAUGCUGCAGAUUAUGGGGAAAUGUUGAAAAAUCAAUCCCAACCAAUGACUGUUAAUUGUAGGCUGAAGACUAGUGAUGGUCCUUCUUGGUUACCAGAUGAUACUACAAAAUCACUUGCUGUAGAGACUGUUUUGGAGGCAAAUGUUUCAGACACUGGGUCAACUAACCUAAAUCAACAAAAGAACGAUUCAAGCAACAUUUCGGCAUCAGAUGAAAAACCCAUUCCUCACUUAAGCCAGUUUCAUCAGCAAGAAGGGAAUGGUAUCCCCUCAGCUCUUGCAAGUACUCUGGAGCACAUUGUAGGACAGCUGGAUGUUCUCACUCAGACAGUGACGAUUCUUGAACAGCGACUUACAUUAACAGAAGACAAGCUGCGGGAAUAUCUUGACAAGCAACAGACGUCAUGAUUACAGUAAGAUCUAAUGUUUGAAAAGAGGAGUGAAACACCAGUGGAAUUAAAAGAUUAAUCAUCUUUUUUGACAGAUAUGCUUAAUAGGCAUUAAUUCACACAAGUCACUAAUCAAAGCAUUGUUAACUUGUUGGUCCUCCUUGAGUUGAUGUUGCCUGAAUAUAUCUGCCCUGACUGUUUCAGCAGUGAUGUGUAUGCUAUUGUUUUUGUACUUUUUAUGUACUCAUGCCCUCUGUGAGAGAGAAUCUCCAAUGCAAUAAAUUGUUUUAUUUCAUACAGAAAUAGACCCAUAUGUAUUAAUAUUUUAUACAUUGAAAUAAAAUUAUGAUAUUGAAGUUUGCAACUAAAA